AUGGAAAACGAAAAAGUAGCCCCCGUUGAUUCCGGCAGCCCACUUUUUUUGUCCGGCGAUGGCUUUGAACCGGCCGGCGUUCUUUUCCCCCACGCCGUCUUUCACUUUCCUUCAAAGGAGAAGAAAGAGGCUUGCGAUUUUAUUGACAAGAUUGCCGACAAGCACCGUCGCUUGUGUGAAGAGAGGCAACGGCUGGGCCUCAAAAGGCAAACGCUCGAGGCUCGCAUCGCUCGGGAGGAGAGGAAGAUACGGGCUUUGGAAAGUGAUCCCUUUCAAUGGGAAUGGCGGAACUUCGAUUCUGUUGCUGAGAUCCCGAAGAUGCUUCGGAUGUAUCUCCGUGCUAGAGGAGUUCCGGGUCCUGUAAAUGCUCCGGUCCAUACCGUUCCAUCUGAUAGCGAGGAAGAAGACGAGGAGGAGGCCAGCACCUGUCGGAAACGCGUUCGGGAUCAUCCCGAAGUGGAUGCCAAGAACAAGGCGUUCACUUCGAAGACUAAACCGGCGAUGAAGGAGCCUGUUCCUGAGCCUCUUCCAUAA